AUGGAUUUUCCCGAGUCCUCGCAAAGAUCAAUUAGAAGCGCAACACCACCCAAUGGAAUGGAAAACGAUCAAAUGCCCAUUACUCAAAGGUCAAAUCACGUUAGCUCAGUCCUGCUUUAUGGAAUACCGAUUGUGUCUUUGUACAUCGAGGGCCAAGAGCGCCUGUGUCUGGCUCAGAUCUCCAAUACGCUGCUGAAGCAGUUCAGCUACAAUGAGAUACACAACCGACGGGUAGCAUUGGGCAUCACCUGUGUCCAAUGCACGCCCGUCCAAUUGGAAAUCCUGCGGAGGGCCGGCGCCAUGCCUGUAAGCUCCCGACGCUGUGGCAUGAUAACGCGCAGGGAGGCGGAGCGUCUAUGUAAGAGCUUCCUGGGUGAUAAUACGCCGCCCAGAUUGCCAGAUGAUUUUGCAUUUAAUGUGCAGCACAAGUGCGCCUGGGGCUGUCGUGGAUCGUUCUUGCCUUCCCGCUACAAUUCCUCGCGGGCCAAGUGCAUUAAGUGUACAUAUUGUGGAAUGUUUUUUUCACCGAACAAAUUCAUAUUUCAUUCGCAUCGCAUAUCGACUAAUGACCGUUAUGUGCAGCCUGAUGCCGCGAAUUUCAACUCCUGGCGGCGUCACAUGAUGCUGAGCGGGCAGCCGCACGAGGAAAUAAUUCAUGCAUGGGAGGACGUCAAGGCGAUGUUUAAUGGCGGAACCAGGAAGCGACUUGUGAGCAGCAGCAGCAAUAGUAACGGGAAUCAAAACUCACCGAACUCGUCGGCGACAAUAAACCACAGCAACAACAACCACAACAACGUGAUAGGCAGCACAUGCAACUCUCCCAGUGAGAGCGAUGAGAAAAUGCAACUCUGCGAUGAAAGUCCCUGCACGAAACGCCCCACAGAUCACCAAUACAACUACAGCACUGUGGCGGCGGCAGCUGCUGUUGUGGGUGUAACGGCCGUGGCGGCGGCCACAGUGGGCGUGCCAUUCAACUUACAUCGCUCAUCGGUAUUAUCGCCACUGCAGCCGUUGCGGAAUGAGCACGAUCUGUCAAUAAUGCCACUAUCGCGUAACUUUGUCGUCGAUUAUAUGUGGCAGCAGCAGCAGAACUCGAAGAAAGCCGGCGAGGCGACGGCCCACAGCUUUGAGACGUGUCCCAUACCUUGGGUGAGACCCGAUUUGAAUGCCACAUCGAGCGCAUCAAAUACUUUGCGACUCAUGCACCACCACCAGCAGCCGUUCAAUGUGAAGAACGAGGCCCAUUCCGCCAUUUGUGGUAUAUUCAAAAAUCGUAAGCUACCUGAUAUUAGCAGCAGCAAUAAUUGCAGUGGGGGCAACGGCAAUGCCAACGCCAAUAAUAAUAGCGCGGGUGGUGGCGGGGAACUGCAGGAUUGCAAUAUUCCGUCGGUAUUCAAUUCCUCUGCGUUCAAGCCGGUGGUUGCCUCGGCGGCCAUCGUAUCUACGUCUCUUUAUGCCGCGCGUUCAAGUGACUCGAACAGCAAUGUCUACAUAAGUCCCGCUCAAUCGACAAGAACAACAACAGUGUUGACACAUAAUACCGUUACGGCAACAACGAACCGCUUGCCAACCAGUGCAAUUUUCCGAUCCGCUUCAAGUACUUUCUCCCCCAUCCUGGACUCGAUGCAAUCGAGUUUGGAAAGCGAACAAGCCGAGUUUUCCGAAUUCGAAACCACACAUUUGUCCUCAGUUGCAAUUAAGAAGAGCAAUAUAGGCAAUGCUGAUAAGUCACUAUCGUCCGAAUCAGUAUCGGACAAAACAUCAUCCCAUAGCGGCAGCCAUUCUGAGAGCCCAAUCGAUAUCGAUGGCUUCACCACGGAUGCUGAGGAUCAGUUUGAUUUAAAAUCGAAUAUUUGCUCAUAUGAUAACAAGAUCAGUCGCUCUUACUUUAAGGUAUGCAAUAAUGAUAAAGAUAAAUUUAUAACGCCAUCAAACGAAGUUAACAUGGAGGAUGAAAUGUUGCCUUUGGACGCCAGCAACGAAUCCAAGUCCACUGAGGAUGCCAAUGAAUUGAAUGGACACAUACGAAAGCUAGCCAAAAAAAAGGGCUCCAAUCAACAAACAGAACGACAAAUCUCCAAAAAAAAAGGUUCAACUAAAGUAAUAAACGAUAAAAUGUUUUCCAAAAUUGUGACAUCUGCGAAACCUAACUUACAGCGUGUCACAUUUCCAGUAUUUUUAAAGUCACAAAUGACUAGUAUUCGUCAGCAUCACCAACGCCAGCCAAGUCCCAAUUCAUUGGGCGACUCUACAAGCAAAUGGAGCUACAGCUAUCCGAUGGGCAAUAUUAGGCAAUUUUAUUGUUACGAAACCACUUCUAAUGAAAAUGGCCCGGAGUUGAAUUAA